CAUCUCCGUUUAUGGACGCACUAACAGCCAAUGGAACAACCAACAUACAGACAUCUGUUACAGGAGUGACAGCCGGGAAAAGGAAAUUUAUUGACGACAGAAGAGACCAGCCUUUUGACAAGCGGUUGCGUUUCAGUGUGAGGCAAACAGAAAGUGCCUACAGAUACAGAGAUAUUGUCGUCAGGAAGCAGGAUGGCUUCACCCACAUCUUGUUGUCAACAAAAUCAUCAGAGAAUAACUCACUAAACCCAGAGGUAAUGAAAGAAGUCCAGAGUGCCCUGAGCACGGCUGCUGCCGACGAUAGCAAGCUGGUGCUGCUCAGCGCGGUGGGCAGUGUCUUCUGCUGCGGUCUCGACUUUAUUUAUUUUAUACGGCGUUUAACAGAUGACAGAAAAAGAGAAAGCACUAAAAUGGCGGAAGCUAUCAGAAACUUCGUGAAUACUUUCAUUCAGUUUAAGAAGCCUAUUAUUGUAGCAGUAAAUGGCCCAGCCAUUGGACUAGGAGCCUCCAUAUUGCCUCUUUGUGAUGUGGUUUGGGCCAAUGAAAAGGCUUGGUUUCAAACACCCUAUACUACCUUCGGACAGAGUCCAGAUGGCUGUUCCACCGUUAUGUUUCCCAAGAUUAUGGGAGGAGCAUCUGCAAAUGAAAUGUUGCUCAGUGGACGGAAGCUGACGGCGCAGGAGGCGUGCGGCAAAGGCCUGGUCUCCCAGGUGUUCUGGCCUGGGACCUUCACCCAAGAAGUCAUGGUUCGCAUCAAGGAGCUUGCCUCCUGUAAUCCAGUUGUGCUGGAAGAGUCCAAAGCCCUUGUGCGCUGUAACAUGAAGAUGGAAUUGGAGCAGGCCAACGAGAGGGAGUGUGAAGUGCUGAAGAAAAUCUGGGGCUCGGCUCAAGGGAUGGACUCCAUGCUGAAGUACCUGCAGAGGAAGAUCGAUGAGUUCUGAUGGCCAGGUGCCUGCUGGUGACACUGGAAUCCUCGAGCAGGACAUCUGCGGCGCCAGGUUGCCCUCCUCCAUCCUCACAGCCUAAAACAAGUUCACUCUUAGCUCACGCUUGGAAGUAGGACUUGAAACAUCCAAGCUAUUUAUUAUCAAGGAGUUUUUAAGUACUGUAACUUUAAAAUAAAUAACUACAAAGCUC